CCAGGGUUGGCGGUGGCGUGCCGGUCGCAUGUUGCUGCUGCAACGGCAAGAAGGUCCAUGGUGUCGGCUGCACGUGUCCUUCCAGCAGCAACAGCGGCAGUGACCGCGGCGUCCCGUCGCAGCCUGUCCCAUUCUUCACGCGCAUCCGACGAGCAACAAACGCCCGCGGUGAUGAUGGAGCCGCCAAUGACAGAGGAACGCCAGAAGCUGGAGGAGCUUGGCCAGUUUAUUGCCAGUGCACUCCCCAAGUACAUUCAAGUCGCACAGGUGUCUGCAUGCGAUGAGCUCGAGCUGUUCAUUGCGCCGGCCUCUGUCCUUCCCGUGCUGACCUUCCUCAGAGACAACACCUUGUGCCAGUUCAAGGUCCUCGCCGACCAGUGCGGCGUGGACAUUCCCAAGCGUGCAAACCGCUUCGAGAUUGUGUACAACCUUCUCUCCCUGCGUCACAACCUCCGCGUGCGCGUGCGAACAUACACAGACGAGCUGUCCGCAGUCGACAGCGCCUGCUCUGUCUUCAACGCGGCCAACUGGUAUGAGCGCGAGAUUUGGGACAUGUAUGGUGUGUACUUCCUUGGCCACCCAGACCUCCGUCGCAUCCUCACAGACUACGGCUUUGAGGGCCACCCCCUCCGCAAGGACUUCCCGCUGAGCGGCUUUGUGGAGGUCCGCUACGACGAGGACGUCAAGCGCGUUGUCUGCGAGCCCGUCGAGCUGGCGCAGGAGUUCCGCAAGUUUGACUUUGAGAGCCCGUGGGAGCAGCUGCCUUCUGGCGGCACCAAGAUGCCGGCUGAGGUCUAACAAACACCACACGCCAGCGAUGAUGGUGGUGGAGGUGGAGGAGAGGGAGAGCUGAGGAGGUGAGACUGGAUGGACUGGCUGUGUGCGCCUAACUGCGCACUGAUGUACGAUUCGCACAGACGAUUAAAGACAAUGCACGUA